UAUCUUUAUCCAAACCUAGCUCCAAUCCCAACUAAAAAAUCGUUCUCAUAAAACGUAUCGACUUGGGAGGCUCAAGUAAAAAAAUCAACCAAAACCCUAAUAAAAAAUUAAAUCCCACAUACCCUGUUGCAAAAUCCAAAUCAAGACUCUACUCAAGAGUCGCAGAUAGAUACACUGCGACCUCGUUUAAUCCUCCUUUUUUGUUUCCCGUUCGUUAUGCGCUAUAAUCUUGUCAUGUUCUUCUCGUUUCUGCGCUAAUCUUGUUUCUGAUUAGGUUAUUUAAGCCCAGGUUUAAAAUUUCACAGUCGAUUGACUAGCAGUCAUCAAUGGCUUCCAUUUUAUCGCAUUCGGCGACGGUAUUAACGGUCUCUCGUGUAAGAUAUUUUAGGGUUUCUAUCUCAGCUCCAAGAAUCCGUUUGUCCCCAAUUGAAUUUCGACCAAUCCCCACGACUCUGAUUCCUUUUCAAUCCCAAUCAAGUCAACUGUUGAAUCCCCAAAUUAGGGCGGUAAGAGCUUCUAGAAACAAUCUUGAAAUAACUGAGAAGGGUGAGUCGUUGUCGGUGUCUGGAGGGACGCCAUUGAAGUACCUGGUAUGGGUUCUUGUGUGGGCAUCUGUGUCUGUUGGGAUUUAUGCAUUUUCUGGGAAUGCUGCUAAAGCGGCGACAGCGAUUGGCGGCGCCGAUUCAAUUAGGGCUUCGGGGUAUGGUAUAAAGGUAGCAAAUGCUCUGCGGGCUUCGGGCUGGCCCGAUGGAGCCAUUGUCUUUGCCCUGGCUACUCUGCCUGUGAUUGAGCUCCGAGGAGCUAUUCCUGUGGGCUAUUGGCUGCAGCUGAAACCUGUGUGGCUAACAGUCUUGUCUGUUCUUGGGAAUAUGGUCCCGGUGCCAUUUAUAAUCCUGUAUCUGAAAAAGUUUGCAACUUUCCUAACGGGGAAGAACAAGACAGCUUCGCGGCUGCUGGACAUGUUAUUCCAGAGGGCUAAAGACAAGGCAGGUCCUGUGAAAGAAUUCCAGUGGCUUGGUUUGAUGCUUUUUGUAGCAGUACCAUUUCCGGGAACAGGUGCCUGGACAGGAGCCAUUAUUGCAUCCGUCCUCGACAUGCCGUUCUGGUCAGGUUUCUCUGCGAAUUUUGUUGGUGUAGUUUUGGCUGGCCUUCUAGUUAACUUGCUGGUUAAUCUCGGCCUGAAAUACGCCGUAAUAAUUGGUGUAAUUCUUUUCGUCGUUUCCACGUUCAUGUGGAGCAUUCUUCGCGGUCUUAAAAAGUCGAUGUCUGCGACAAAUUGAGCGAUCCAUUGGUAUAACUUGAUGGAUUGAAUUGGUGUUAAUUUUAGUGCUGGCAUUGUUGAUAUUAAUGACUCAUAGAGCUGUUUUGGAUAUUAAAGUGACUUCUUGCUCUUGCAGCUGCUGAAUAACGACUUUACCUUUACGUUGCUAAAUCUAAAACACGACUUAUGGACGCUGUGUGUGUGUGCAUAA